UGCAUUUUCUCAUCACUUUCAUUUCAAAAAUUUUCUUCUACAGUGAGAAGAAAAUAUGGGUGUGAAAGGCAAGUUGAUUGCUUCAGUAGAGGUAAAGUGUGGAGGCCACCUAAUUCAUGACAUUUUUCACACCAAUACUCACCAUAUAUCCAACAUAAGUCCUAAUAAGGUCCAAAAAUUUGAUAUUGAUGAAGGUGAAACCAUAAAAGUUGGUUCGGUUGUUAGCUGGAAUUAUAGCGACGAUGGAAAAGAUAAGAUUUGUAAGCAAGUAAUUGAAGCCGUGGAUCAUGAAAAGAAAUCAAUCACUUGGAAAGUAAUUGGAGGAGAUCUAUUAGAGUUGUACAAUUCCUUCACUAUUAUCACAUCUCAUGACCACCAAUGGACUACAUGGACAUUUGUGUACGAGAAGAAAACUGAAGAAACCCCAGAGCCUCUCGUUUUGUUGGCUUAUGCCCUACAUGUGACCAAAGAUGUAGAGAGUCACCUUCUCAAGUAAUCUAAUCUAUGCUAUUCAAUGGUUCAUAGCCAUAUAUAUAUGUAUGUUAACACGGACAUAUAUGCAUAUCUGUGUGUGUGAUGAAUAUUUGGCAAUAUUGGCUAGUUCUAGCUAGCUGCGUGUGAAAUAAAGAAUGUUGUGUUUGAAGAAAAUAUUAUAUAUGCACGUUUCUUCUAUUGAUGUAUUUUCAAUGGUGAAUAUAUGUAAUGUAUUAUGAAUUUUGCAAGUAUGAACUUUUCCUAUAACAAAGA